UACAAGGAUUAGCUACUAAUUAAUUCUCAACUCAAAUUUCUUUGCAGCGUUACAAUCCAUUAAUCUAGGCUUAGUAAACAUAACACCCAACUAAGAUCGAUGGAUUAUAAAUAUCAGAUUGAUAUGAAGAAGAAACUCAGUUUCAAGUUAUUGAAAACAACUCUGCAGUUUGUUGUAUCAGUGUCUGUGUUCUGUUUCUUCGUAUGGUACUCUUCUGGUUUUUUCAUACUCCCUCAGUGUUUCCAUGCUUACUUCUCCACCUGCCUUUUCUCCAUGCUCACUCGCACUCUUCAAAGAAAAUACAUGUUUAUCAUCUGCAAUGCCAUUCUUGCUCUUCUAGCCAUCUCACCUUUUCAUGCAGAACUUCAAGCUUCCGCCACCGCUACUAAGACACAGGUUUCUGCAGAGGCUGUUGAAGACUUUCUUACGAUUGAAGAAGCGAAAACGCAAGAAGAUUAUUCUGAACAAGUAUCUGCAGCUGAACAUGAGACAGAGAUGGUGCCUAUUGCAGAGGAAGAAGGAGGGACGGUGGCAAAAGAUGAUGAAUUAGUAGCUGAUACAAGAAUGGAAACAACCGAAGAUCAAGUAGCAAAUACAGAUGAACUGAAUAGAAAGUUCGAAGAGUUUAUAAGGAAAAUGAAGGAGGAGAUGAGAAUUGAAGCUCAACGACAACCAAUUGAAGUGUAGUACUUGCAUGAAUUUGCAUUGUAACUGUAAUAUUAUCAUUAUGAUGAUGAUGAAGAUGAUGAUUAUGUUGUG